AUGAAUAAUGAUAACAUAGAUAACACUGUACACACCACUGUCACACAACCUAAAAUCUGUCGAUGUGUCCGCGAAAAUUUCUAUUCGUACUUGAUUUGAAUUUAAAAUUGUUUUUUGAUUGAAAUUUUUUAUGCAAUGUCUAUAUCAAAUAUUUCGGACAUAAUCAAUACACUACCAAUUUUGAAAGAAGAUGAAUACUUUUCUCAAUUUAUUACGAAUAAAAAGGGAAAUAAAUUUAAAGUUAAUAUUGUGCAGCUUUCUGUUGAUGAACAGUUGGGAAAAUUAAAUAAAGGGUUACAAUAUGUUGAAGAACUUAUAUGUGAUAUAACUUAUGAAAACCACGAAGAAUUAUUUAAUCAAGUAAUGUGGAUUGAAAAUUUGGAAUCUGUAAUUGAUGAAAUAUUGUUACAAAUUCAAAACUUACAGUCUUCAAUUGAACUCUUAAAGUGUAAAAUAAUUGAUUUAUUUGUCCAAGUUCAAACACAAGUUAUUAUACUAAAUAGAUUGCAUGCUAUUUGUGAUUUAUUGAGAAAAAUUAUGAGAACUCAAAGUCUUACAUUACAAGUUUUAGAUAAAGAAAUAAUGUUAUCGUCCAAUUUUAUGUUUGAAAUUAGAGAAUUAAUGGAAGAUAAGGAUUUGAAAGAAAUCACAUUUUUAAGUAAAGAUUUGAUUAAACUAAGUAAUUUAUGUGAAAAAAAUCUGUUGGGUUGAAAUGAAAUAAUUUUAUUGUUGUAAAUUUAUAUUGC